AUGGAUCCGAUAAGAAAAUGCAUCGUAGCCGAAAAGUCCGUAUGGGGCCCCUACAUUGAGAGUCAUCCUACCCAUGCAAUCUGGCAAAAUAAGGCUUUCCCCUUAUAUGAUGACUUGCUCAUUAUUUUUGGAAAAGAUCGUGCUACUGGAGGAAAUGCUGAAGGACCUAAUGAUAUGAUGGAAGAUAUACAAAGGGAAGAUGUCAAUCUUAAUGCUGAUAAUGACGUGGAAGAAACAUCCGAAAUUGUUCUUGAUGAUUUAGAUGCUUCAUUUUCUCCAUUACAGUCCCCAAGAUCUGCUGCAGUUGACAAGAGGAAGAAAAGAAAAAGAAGUGUUGAUAAAUUAACGGCUAUGACAGACAUAAAAGAAGCAGCAUCGAUUAUUGGAAGUGAAAUUGCUAAAGCUAGUAAAAUUUUUGGUAAAGCUAUUGGAGUUGAUGCUGAAAUUUCAGAAAAGAGACAAAGGAUUGAUUCAGAGAUAAGGAAGAUUCUCAAUCUAGCUGUGGUGGAUGUUAUUAAAGUUGUGUGUCGUAUCGCUCAAUCACCCGAGUUAACCGACGUAUUUUUUAGCAUGACUGGAGAAGGAAGAGAGUAG